AUGGUUGGGGGUGAUGAUGCGGGAGUUCAGGUGCAUGAUACUAAGGAUGCCGCAGACGUUGAUGUAAACAUGCAUGCCUCAACACGGUGUGGUUGGACAGGGGACACACCUACAAGCCGUAAACAAUGGAGGAAGACAACUGGUGAAGCAUCUGAUGGAAUUGCACGCAGUAUAAGUAAAAUGACAGACAUACUUGAUGACUAUGUGUCAAGUUGUGGAAAACAACUCUCAGACAUUGCUCAGAGGGUCGAUUAUGAGCAAGAUACUGCUGAGGCGAGGCACCAACUGAACGUAGAAUUGGCAAAAAUUAAUUGCCUAAUGAUGGAUCACCGACAUAGGACAGUUUACAACAUUACUAGUGACCCGAUUAAGGUGGACCUUUUCAUGAGCUUGCUAAAAAGUGAGAGGCUAGAAUGA